CCUCCUCCUGCUGACGUCUGGCUCUGCCCGGCUGAAAACUCCGUGCCGCGGCGGAUGCGGCGGCUCUCGGGAGCGCGGCGGCGGCAGCAGCGAAGAUGGUGGCCGCUCCGUGCGCCCGGCGGCUGGCACGGCACUCCCGCUCGGCGCUGGUGGCGGCGCUCACCGUGCUGCUCCUGCAGACCCUCCUCGUCUGGAAUUUCAGCUCCCUCGACGCCGGCGAGGAGCAGCGCGGCGGCGGCGGCCGCGAGAAGCGAGACCGCGGCGGGGACCAGCGGGCGCACCCGCAGCGCCGGGGACCCGCCGCCCCGCACGGCAAGGCGAUGAUUGAACCUCCUAGUCCCUACACCAGCUUGGAAACUCAGGAUGGCUAUUUUUCCCACCGACCGAAAGAGAAAAUGCGAACAGACAGCAAUAAUGAAAAUUCAGUCCCCAAGGACUUUGAAAAUAUUGAUAACAGUAACUUUGCUCCCAGGACUCAGAGGCAAAAACACCAGUCUGAGCUGGUGAAAAAACCCCUUAGCAAGCAAAAGGAGCACUUGAGAAAGAAACUGGAAGAGGAGAAGAUGAAGGAGAACUUGCUGCUGGGGAAGAACUCCAAUGAGGUGGUGCAAUUCAGUGAUCACCCCAGAAAAAACAGCAGCAGCAUCAGCAACAACAAUUUCAAGGAGAUUCAUAUGUCUCCCAAACAGCAUCAUUUAAAAAAAAAUGGAAACAGCUCCCCUGAACUGAGAUACGAUCAGCCACCAAAGUGUGAGGUAACAGGCAAAGAGGCAAUCUCAGCCAUGUCCCGGGCUAAAUCUAAGCAGUGUCGGCAGGAGAUCGCAGACGUGUAUUGUCAGCACAAGCAUGGAAAGCUGAUGCCGGAGAAGGUGACGCGUUUCUGUACGCUGGAGGGAAAAGCCAACAACAAUGUACAGUGGGAUGAGGACUCCGUAGAAUACAUGCCAGCCAACCCAGUCAGGAUCGCAUUUGUCUUGGUUGUUCAUGGCAGAGCUUCUCGGCAGCUCCAACGCAUGUUUAAGGCUAUUUACCAUAAAGACCAUUUUUAUUACAUUCAUGUUGACAAGCGAUCCAAUUACUUGCACCGGCAAGUGCUCCACUUUGCCAACCAGUACCCAAAUGUGAGAGUCACUUCUUGGAGAAUGGCAACUAUCUGGGGAGGAGCAAGUCUUCUGUCCACCUACCUGCAGACCAUGAAGGACUUAAUGGAGAUGAAUGACUGGCCGUGGGAUUUCUUCAUUAACCUCAGUGCUGCUGACUACCCAAUCAGGACAAAUGACCAGCUAGUAGCAUUCCUGUCCAGAUAUCGUGAUAUGAACUUCUUGAAAUCACAUGGGAGGGACAACGCAAGAUUUAUCAGAAAACAAGGACUGGAUCGGCUUUUCCUGGAAUGCGAUACCCACAUGUGGCGUCUGGGGGACCGGAGGAUCCCAGAAGGAAUUGCAGUUGAUGGAGGGUCAGACUGGUUUCUCCUGAACAGGAAGUUUGUGGAGUAUGUCACUUUUUCUAAUGAUGAUCUGGUAACAAAGAUGAAGAGAUUUUACUCUUACACCUUGCUUCCUGCUGAGUCCUUCUUUCACACUGUUCUGGAAAAUAGCCCGUACUGUGACUCCAUGGUGGACAACAACUUGCGCAUCACGAACUGGAACCGUAAACUCGGUUGCAAGUGUCAGUACAAGCACAUUGUUGACUGGUGUGGCUGUUCACCUAAUGACUUCAAACCAGCAGACUUCCACAGAUUCCAGCAGACUGCCAGGCCAACUUUCUUUGCCCGCAAAUUUGAAGCUGUAGUGAAUCAAGAGAUAAUUGGCCAGUUGGACUACUACUUGUAUGGCAACUACCCCUCUGGCACUCCGGGCCUCCGGUCCUACUGGGAGAAUGUGUACGAUGAGCCUGACGGCGUGCACACCCUCAGCGACGUUGCCCUCACCAUGUACCAUGCGUUCUCCCGCCUGGGCCUGCGGAGAGCCGAGACUUCAUUCCAUGCUGCCGGAGAUAACAGCUGCCGAUACUACCCCAUGGGCCAUCCAGUUUCCGUCCACCUUUACUUCCUUGCUGACCGUUUCCAAGGCUUCCUAAUCAGACACCACGCAACCAAUCUGGCUGUCAGUAAACUGGAAACUUUGGAAACCUGGGUGAUGCCAAAGAAAGUCUUUAAGAUUGCAAGUCCACCAAGUGAUUUUGGAAGGCUGCAGUUCUCAGAGAUUGGCACUGAAUGGGACGCCAAGGAAAGGAUUUUCCGGAAUUUUGGAGGACUCCUUGGGCCGACAGAUGAGCCGGUUGGCAUGCAGAAAUGGGGAAAAGGCCCCAAUGUCACCGUUACUGUCAUUUGGGUGGAUCCUGUUAAUGUAAUUGCAGCAACAUACGAUAUCCUUAUUGAAUCCAGUGCCGAAUUUACUCACUACAAACCACCUUUGAAUUUGCCCCUGCGACCCGGUGUCUGGACAAUAAAAAUUCUGCACCACUGGGUACAGGUAGCUGAAACCAAAUUCCUUGUUACUCCUCUCACCUUCUCUAAUUGGCAGCCUAUCAAACAAGAGGAAGCCAUGAAGCAUCACAGCGGGCCUCCGAAAAACGCGUACAUGGAGCAGAGCUUCCAGGGCUUGAACCCUGUCCUGAAUAUCCCCAUCAGUGCUGCCCGCGUGGAGCAGGCCAAGAGGAACGCGGGGCUCGUGGGUGCCCAGCUGGAAGCCUGGGUGGACUCUCUGGUCGGCAGCGUCUGGUCAGCUGUGGACAUCUGCAGUGCCGGCCCCACCGCCUGCCCAGUCAUGCAGGGCUGUGCUCAGACAGCCUGGAGCUCCCUCAGCCCGGACCCCAAAUCCGAGCUGGGCCCCGUCAAACCCGACGGUCGCUUGAGGUAGCAUCCGGUACGCUCUCCUCCGGCAUAGGUUUUUAAAAGGGAAUUUAACCUUGCUCAUGUGUGAAUCUCGCAACAGGUUUCAGAAACCUAAGGGAACAUUAUACUUUUUUUGUUACUUAUUGCAAUAUAAUUAAUUUAAAAAAAAAAAAAAAAAGAGCUCUGACAAGGCCUUUGGCGCUGCCCUCUCCAUCAGCUCUGUCAGGAGCAGCUUCGGUCGCCCCGCAGCCUCUGCUGCCCCGUACGUCCCGGCCGUACCACACUACCUCGGCGGGUUUCGAAACAGUAGCAGCAAGCCAUGGAGAGGGCAGUGAAGGAGCAGCUGCCAAAAGUGUUUUUUUAAAAAUAAAUUUAUCUGUACUUCUGCUGUUUCAUAGGCUUUCAUUAUUUUGCUACCAUGAAUAAAUCACAGCAAAAUUCCCUUUACUUACCCUUCCUGGGGAGGUGGGUUACUGCAGGCUGGAGCCUGUAUGGCUGCAUUACCUCACGGAAUGUGAAAUAAUUAUGGUACACCCUCACUCUUUUUUUUUUUUUAAUAACACAAACUAAUUCUGGACUCAGCUGAUGUCUGUUGUUGUCCUAGUUAGAGAAAAUGAGCAAAAGCAGAAACUUUCAGAUUAUUUUCAGAGAUUUCUUAGACUAAUUUCAUUAUAAACUUUAAAUGGAAGCAGUGUUUUGCUACAUUACUCUUUUAUGUCUCAUCUAGUCAGGUUCAGGGUCUGGAUACUAAGAGUAGUAGUUUAAAGAACAAAGAAGCAUUUUGGAUUUCAGCCCUUUCAAAUCUGCAGGUUUUUUUCCAAGCCCGCCAGCACCUAAGCAUUUUCGCAGAUUCCCAGUACAGCCAGUGUGUACGGUGGGGGUGGCUUCUGAUUUAUCCGCUCACACCCUUUGCUGAUUUUGCUCCUGAGCUGAGCGUUGUCUCAGGCAGUGGAGUUGUGCAGAACCAGUAAAAUGGUAAAAUUGGGACCUAUAUCUGCAACAACACCUUUCUUCCCUAAUUUGAGUAGCGGCUAGCAAGUCUUAACACUAAUUCCCUCCCUUGAUCUCAGAUAUGCCAGCUCUUGGUGAAGAAGGGUCCUUCUAGGCUUGUGCAGGGCAUCUGGAAGGCCAUGCAGGACAUGGGUUCCUGACCAAAGCCACGAGCUGACGGUGAAGGAGAGCAGCGCCACGUUUCUCAGUGCUUUUACUUUAUUCCGUCAAUAAACUCUACCCUUCCCUGUCUUCAGAAUUUCUAGCAGGCUGCAGCCUGUUUUAAAUAGGCAUCUUUUGCAACAUUUAAAGCCGCCUUUUCUACAGUAGGAAAAAAUUCAUUUACAUUCCAAGAACUUUUUAAAAUAUAGGUUUUUAUAUGCAAAGUCAUCUCCAACUAAUGCAUUGUAUGUUAGCAUAAAACAUGCACUUUGUUGUUGUUGCUGUGGUUAUCUCAUGUUGACAACGUAACCCAAAAUGGCGAUUAAAAGCUAUUGGGUUAAUUAGAAAAAAAAAUCCAGUUGAUGUAAUAAAGUAAGGUAUCUGUUUACCCUUCCGUGUGUAUGGCUAACUUUCUGCUGCUGGGAGUUAAGCAUCCACAUCAGGAGGGAAACAGACCCUUAAAUCAUUCCGUAAUCGCAUCUCACAGAAAGGUUGAAUUCCCUUUUAAACAACAGUUGCAAGAUGAUGGUAACACGCAGAUCCCAGUGGCUUGUAGUAUCUCUCUCGGUAGUAUUGGUUUAAAGCUACUUGCAGUUUGCUUUGGACUUGAAAUUGCGGUGUCAGCUGUGCUGGCAUUAAGGCAGAGCAUUGAAAUGUUUAUCUGGCACAAAAAUGGACGCAUAGAAGGAACAAUUUAGGUAUUUAUUAUUUAUGUUUUAGUCAAUGACUAAUUAGUAGGUGCUGCUUUUGCAGCUUGACGAUUACGUUAUCUUACUAACUGAAGAUGCCUUUAUUAAGAAAAGGCCUUUCUCCCCUCACCUCCCUUUCUUUUUUUGUCUUGAUUUUGACAGUCACGAGAGCCGUAGUUUUAGGAAAGCUUGUAGCAAGGAGAGCUGGUUGAAAUAUUUCAGUCAGAAUAACGUUCCAGCUUUUCAACUGGCUCUAGAGGCAAGCAUGUUUAAAACCAGGGCUGCCAACAGGUUUAUAUAAUAGAAACACAGUGUUAUUACUUACUCAAUAGGGUAUUUUUUAACAGUGCUUGUUUUUAAUCUUACAUUCCUUCGUGAAGUUCAAAUUUUCUGGGGACCUCCGAUCCUCACUGUGAAAUCCAGGGCUUUAGUCACACUGAUGCAAUGGCAAAUGUAUGGUUCAAGCCCUGCAGAUUUAACGAAGAACAUCAUAUUUAGGGCACACAAUAAAAUUCAUUAACAAUCCUAGUCAGUUGUUGUUCUCAAUUAGAGUACUGGGGUAGUCAGAAAAUCUUCAGUCUGUCUUGUAGCUAAGCAUAUGUAUAAGGGUGCACCCACACAUGCAGAUCACUUGGUUUUUAAAUUUGAUACUUUUUUCAUUCUUAAGCAGGAAUGUUUUUAAGUGCUUUGUUGGUAAGUUUUCAUUAUUAACUAGACCAUCUUCUGUGGUUAGAAGAAAAAUCUGCCACUUUUAUCAUUUAAAAUAUAAGGUGCAAAUUAUUUUGUUUUAGUACAAAAAAGGGAAGGAAAACAAACAGUUGCUGAUAUAUCUAUUUCCAUUAUAUGCUAGGUUUAAAAUAUCUCAAAACAAAAUUUACGUUAGUUUGUUUUCUGAAAGACAAAAAGAAAUCUACACAAAGAAGUUUUGUAGCGAGCUGGCAAUGCCAGUGCUGCUGUUAAAACAUGUGAUGCAAAACUGAAGAGACUGGUCCUGCAGUCCUUUCUCAGGCAAAACUUCCACGGAGUGCUCGUGCUGAGUAAGGACUGCGGAGGCAAGUCCAGCGUAACUAAAAGGUGUGACAGUGCGCUGUGAGUAAGUACUGUCUGUGGCUGAAGUCAUCAAAGGAUGAGCUGCCACGUUUGGAACAUCUUCUGGGGGCAGUGUCAAGUUUUGGACCUAAAUGACAUCGUCUCCUACAGCUGUGAAUAUGCAGACACAGAUACAUAAGUUAUAUACGGGACACUGUGUCUGAGUUACAAAGUGCUGUAGUUGUGAAGAAAAACCAUGGGAAGCACGGCUCUGCGUCAGGGGUCAGAUGCUGAGGUAGCGCUGCUGGCCCCAGCAUCCUCCUUAGGGGCUUCUCUUCUGAAAUGGCAGCACCUGGAGCCUGUCAUCCAUAUUCCAUAUUGUUAGAAGAGAACAACUUCACAGAUCUUACAUUUGGUGAAAAGGAGAAUUCAGAGCAGGGACCCACGGCUCGUGUACAACAAGAAAGUUAUGCGUCUUCAUUUGACUGUGCAAGUGUUAUUUCCCAGUCACACUGGCUAGUCCUUGUUGAAUGGGACUCCAGCUGAAAGCCAGUUCUGAUCAGAAUCCCUUUACUCAUUUAAAUUCCCUGCCCAUCCUGCGCGAUAGCCAUGUAACGCUUCUGUGAUGGACCAGUAUUACACAGAACAGGAGUGUGGCAAAAUGCAGAACAUCUACGUACGCGAUUUAAUGAGUUAUGUCCAAAGUCAGUGUUAGCAUUAUGCAAACCUGUUUGUAUGGUAAUGUUAAACCAUGAGGCCAAUAGAAAUAGCUCAAAUUACAGCUUAUUUUCAGAUUUGUCCAGUUCUUUCUUUGAUGGCAUUUGGACAUUGAGUAGUAAUUCUUAUAUUUUCCUUUUCUGUUAUUCAAGGUUUUUUUUAGACUUGAAAUUAUGUCUUCAUUUUUUGUACUCUUGGCAAGGAGAGAAUUGUAACAAUUCCUUCGUGAUAGCAAGUGUUAUACAGGGAAGUCCACCUGUAUCUGUUGUUAAGCCUUUGUUAGUGCUAAGCCUAGAGAUACAGGAAUGUGCAUUCGUGUGUUACAAAUGGACUUUCCUGGGUGUUGGCUUCAGUGCGCAAUGCACGUACAGUUGUUUAACGGCAUAUUAACUGUGAUCCUGCAGCGCCUUCAGAAGGACCAACUAAUGUGUAUUCACCUUCUGUCCAUCUCCUACAGCACUAAUUGCCAUACUAAUGAAGUCUCCAUCACUCUUAGUUACAAUUAUUGUGAACAGAGUAGUGACGUCAGUGAAUCAGAACUGGGAUAUUCUAAACCUGGCCAAAGGGAGAGAUGAAGGGUAACAAACAUUCUGAAACUUUGCAAAAGUUUGACACAAUUACGCUGCAACAAAACUUCGAACAAACUGGGCGCCUUCUGCACAGCAAGGCUGAGAAACGCUGGUACCAUGAGAUCUCAGCUUUGAUUUCCCAGAUUAAAAAAAAAAAAAGAAACAAAAAACAGCCAAAAACAAGAUCCAGAUUUUUAUUGUGGCCAGGCAAUGAGGACAAACUUUCUGUUGAUUUCUCUUGUUCUCUUUCAUCACAGCCGUCAGAGAACUGCCAGCUUGCCACUGGCUAUCACACCCUCCUCAUUGUCUUCCCAGAUCCCAAAGCUUCAGGAGUUGGCCACAGGAAACCUUGGCCGACUCCACGGCGUUCCGUUGAGCAGGAAGUUUCGUACUUGUGUGAGCCAAAUCCCUUAGGCGUCUUCAAAAACCCUAGCUGCAGAUCAAAAAGGUUUCCUUGUCAGAGCAGCCUUUAGUCAGCUCAGUACUAACACAUGUGAAGGAGUCGUUAGAAGUGAUAGCAAUUAUCUUUUCCUGAGUUUCAGGCGUGGGUAUUUGACGUAUAUAAUAGUAGGCUUGAUUAUUUCAGUAAUGGAGUAAGACCGAUGUGGUAGAAAGUGGCUAGUGGCGUUUCCCACUGUCCCUUGCUUGUGAAAAGAUAAUGAUCCAUAUGUGCUUUUAUUUCAACCACUCAAGGCCUCCAAGAUAGUCUGAAGGAUUCAUAGGACAUUAAACUCAUAUUGAUGGGCAAUUGAAAACAUCAUGUAAAAAAAAGUCUUUCCAGACCAAACCUUCAGGAUUCCACCAAGACAGCGCCAGGGCUGAUGCCCACAGAGGGGUAGGAGCGAUGUGGCGUUGGAGGGGACAGGGCAGUGCCCUUUGAGGCGCCCAGCAGGCAUUACUGAGAGCAGGGCUACCUGCAGAGCCCCAGCUGAGGGCAGGCACCACUGCAACGUGGCACAGAGGAGACAAAAAAAUGUGAAUUAGGGUUAGGGGCAGCGAGGAAGGUUUGUAAGGAAAUACCUUUUUUCCUGUAGACUCUUCAAGAGUGAGCAAAUGCUCUGAUUUGUAACUCCCUUAGAAGGUGUUGAGUAGAAGAGACCGUCCUUUGAAAACCUUCACUACCACCGUCUCAGUAAGGGAAAGCAGAAUCAGGCUGAGAGCAUUUAAAAUUGAGGCAACAAGAUUUUUCAGCACGUGUUACCCAGGACCACGGCAGCAUUACGCUGUCUGCUGUUAAGUGUGGCGUUGGCAGCGAUUAACUCUCAUGAUGUGAUACUGCAGGUACCAUGUUGCUUUUGUUGCUGUAUACUAACGGUAGCGUGUAGAUCACUCUGCUCUUUGCUUCUGCCUUGGUUACCUUCUUUUGCUCAUGGGUGCUAUCACAGCCGCUACCUCACUGUGUCUGCAAACACGUUUACCUGAUAACAACAAAAAAGGUACCAGAAAUCUCCUUGAACUGAAUGUACAAUCUAUGCAAAUUCUCUUUCUUCUUCGUUAAAACAUAGAAGUAUUACUUGUAACCUUGCCAAAUAAACAGCAAGAUACUGUACAGGUGCCUCUGAUAACAGAGUGACAAUUCCAGGCGCGGUUCAUUGCGCUGCAUUUGUAUAUUGUAAUGACUUGACUUGUCUUUGGGUCUGUUGUAAUUAACACCCUCGACUGAGACGAUAGCAAUCUUUUGCUAGGGGAGCACCUUCAGUUUGCUGGGAAUAUUCCGGAGGAGGAUGUCUAUGGCAUUUCAUUUUAUUUUCCUGCUUGCAUCCAAAAGAAGGCACAGACCUGCUGGCCAAAAGUAGGAUGUUGUUUCAGAUUUUGCGUGGGUGAAUCCUAUCGGCUUUGGACCGCUCGGCGUCUCUUCCCAUUGUGGCAUCCAGUGUGUUGCCCCUUAAAGAAAGCCUUACUUUCAUCCUUUCUAAAUGUGGCCUUAAACUGUGUUAGGAAGUUAGGUGUUGUCUGUGUCUUGCUCACUUUUUCUGUUUGUUGUGGAAGGAAUAAAAGGCACCUUGAGAUUCUAUUACAGCUCAGCUGUGUUGCUGUCAGCUUACACUUCGCAAAUACAAUAGAAAUUGCUUACAAAUGCAGUCUUUAAGGGAAGAAAAUGACCUUCCCUUUGGGCAAAAGGAAGGCUCAGACGUUCAUAGAAACCUUCGGAAAUUAUGAGCUCUGUCUUUUGCAACUCACUAGAUAAGGAGGGUUGAUUUAAAUUACCUUCAAAGUACAAACUUAAUAACUUUUAAUUUAUCUUCAGACUGUAACGGGACAGACUGCUCUCAGAUGCACAAGACAAAUUCUGGAGUAAUUUCACUCAUUUUGACAUGACAUAGUAGCAUUUCUUUCAGAUUUGUACUGGCAGCUGGGAGAAGAUGUAUCCUCUUAAUGGUGUGGUCUUAAAAUGUGAAGAACUCCACCACUUAGGGCCCGAUUUUGAGUGAUGAUUGGGAAUCUAACAGUGCACUUAGAGGAGUCUGUCUGUAUCAUCAAAGUCAUAAAUGCAUUUCCAAAAAAAAAAUCUGGAUUUUGGAGCUUCAUCCAAAGGUUGUCAAAAUCAGCAGAAAUGAAGAACUUCUGCUAUCCGUUGGGUUUCUUUAAUACUUUUCUCCAUGGAGAACUGUUGUGUCUUGGUAGCACCAAUAUUCCCGGCAGGCUGCAGUGCUUUUAGGAACUCCAAAUCCUGGCCUGUUUCAGUAUUCAGAUGUGGAUACAACCCAAAGGCAACAGAAAAGGGGUUACGUAGAAAACAAGAUUUGUGAAACAAAACCGAAUUAAUUUGAGUUAAUGAAAUGGUUUUUCUGACUUUGUCAUUUUGGUUUUAUUUUGGGUUGAUUGGAUUUUUGUAUUGCCUAACAUAGUCCAUAAUAAGUUAUUCCUAUCUGUCAUUUUCAAAGACUGGUGGUAAUAUAGUUUUAAGAAAUAACUAUUUUGUUAUAGAUCAUAAUAUGCAUAAAACUGUACAGAAAUAUUUUGUAAGCUAUUGAAUAAGAAAAAAGAAAACCAUGUAUAUACAGCAAAGUUUAAAAAAAAAUUGGAAAUUCAAAUGGACACACUGAAAGAUGUAGAUAUUUUGCUAUUUAUUUAAAGGAGUAUUUUAUGAGAUAUUGAAAUGUCUUAAAUUGACUGGUAAUCAAAGUUCAAAGUCAGAAUGCUUUUCUUGUAGUAGAAUGUGAUUUUCAGCAAUUAUUGCACUACCCGGUUUUGCACCCUUUUGUCUUUCAUUUAGCAGAAAACAAUGUGCCUUAGCUGUAUUCUUUGUCAAUGGGAGUUUGGUUUUUUUUGUCCGACAAAGCAAAUUUUUUUGCAGAAAAAGAAAUGGAUGUAUUAAAUACUGUAUUAUACCAAAAACACUGCAGUUGUAUAUAAAUGCUUUCUGUCAUACUGUG